AUGUUGCGUCUACGGUUUCGAUCUUGGCGCUGUUCGAUAAAGUUCCACUUCACUUAUCAUACUCUCGCGAUGCCUAAUUGGUACUAUGAUAAGAAGGAUCUGCGCAACACACCAUCGGCGAGGGACGGCAUUGAGUAUGAAACAGAACGGAGGUAUCGCAAGGAGGGCGCUCGCUUCAUCAUGCAGGCCGGCGCAUCGAUGAGUCUCGGGCACAACACGGUGGCUACGGGCGUCGUGUACUUCCACCGGUUCUACAUGUUUCACUCAUUUCGCACCUUCCCUCGCUACGUGACGGCAAGCUGUUGCCUGUUUCUUGCGGGAAAGGUAGAGGAAACACCAAAGAAGUGCAAAGACAUAAUCAAAACCGCGCGCGCGCUGUUAUCGGACGAUAAGUUCCAGUCGUUCGGCGAUGACCCCAAGGAGGAAGUGAUGACACUGGAACGGAUUCUGCUGCAGACCAUCAAAUUUGACCUACAAGUCGAGCAUCCUUACUCGUUUCUGGUGAAGUACGCCAAAUGUUUGAACGGCGACCCGGCAAAGCUCCAGAAGAUGGUUCAGAUGGCAUGGAACUUCGUGAACGAUUCGCUCAGCACUACUGUCUCAAUCCAGUGGGAACCAGAAAUUAUUGCUGUAGCACUCAUCUACCUGGCAUGCAAGCUAAGUAAAUUCACGGUGGUAGACUGGGUUGGGAAACAACCGGAGCAUCUGAAAUGGUGGGACAUGUUCGUGCAAGACGUGACCAUGGAAAUCCUGGAGGAGAUCUGCCACCAGGUGUUGGAUCUGUACCAACCAGCUCAAAUGGAUAGUGCUCCUCCCGACAGUCCGCCUCAGCUGCCUCCUAGUAAAGCUUCUCCCCCGAUGAAGCGGGCAAAUAUCUCUCCUUUAGGAAACAAAAACUCACCUAACAUAGCACCUAAUAUAGCGACAAACCAUGUGGUCAAGCCUACGCCGCCUCCACUGAUGCCCGUCGACAUAGAAGCGAAUCCUAUUCCUAAGCACAUUACGACCGACAACACGCAUUACCCCUAUCCACCAUACCCACUGCAUCAGGCACCACCUAUGCCUCCACAGGGCCAUGGACCUCCACCACCGUACGGCCCGAUGGUAGCGGCCAUGCCACCACAGCCUGCGCAACCUUGGCAACACUACCCGCAUCCACACGCUAACAAAUAUUAUCCACCAGGACCUCCACCGGGGCGAAAUACCUACUACCCUCCACAGUAAGUCACAGUGCUGCCUAAUGAAUUGCUGCGGGUGUGGGACGAGCUGUAGCACAUUCGUGAAUGAUCGAAAUAAAGUAAACAUUUGAGAGCAAGAAAUGGAAAAUAAUCGGUCCGAGUUCGACACCAUGUACGCUCUGAGGUGGUACCAAAAAAAAACUGAAAUGGGGGAAUGAGGAUUCGGCUGAACUAAAUAGAGCCCGUUACUCUCGCCAAAAGCCUCGCGAAGGCUGAAUGUAACCGAGGUAGACGUUGAGGAGCACGAUCUGCCACAGACUCUCCACUCAAUACGUGAGCUC